GUAGGCUGGUGUGCUUGACACAGAGUUCAUCAUUUGCGAUAGUAGGCCUAGCCAUUUCCAUUUGCAAAAAAUGACUAGGCCUACAUUUAAAGAACAAUAGGCUUAUUACAGGCAGUAAUAACAUCAACAUUUACAUUUUAGUCAUUUAGCAGACGCGCUUAUCCAGAGCAACUUACCGUUAUAACAUCUGGAUUCUGCACAUCUAUUCUGAAGAGAAUGAAUGCGGUGGGAAGCUCAGAUCCUGACAACAGUCUGAUGAGGAUGAAUGCGGUGGGAAGCUCAGAUCCUGACAACAGCCUGAUGAGGAUGGAUGUGGUGGGAAGCUCAGAUCCCGACAACAGUCUGAUGAGGAUGGAUGUGGUGGGAAGCUCAGAUCCUGACAACAGUCUGAUGAGGAUGGAUGUGGUGGGAAGCUCAGAUCCUGAUAACAGUCUGAUGAGGAUGGAUGUGGUGGGAAGCUCAGAUCCUGACAACAGUCUGAAGAGAAUGGAUGAGACAGGAAGCUCAGACCCUGACAACAGUCAAGGUCAUUCUCUCAUAUCUGACUUGACCGAAUCGGAAUGUGACCUCUUCAGGAAUCUAAAACUGUUGGACCAGGACCAGGAAUGGUCGGAUGAAGGCAUGGUUCUGCUCAGCAGAACCUCAGGCUCCUCUUCCCAAGCCCUGUCAUCCAUCGUCGGUCUCUGCGACCCCAUGGCUCAGUACCUGAACGAGGAGUUCAAAGCUUUCCUUGAGAAAAGAGGGACCUACAAGGAGCUAGAGAGGGUCGUUUCCAAAGUCCUGCUGAAACUUCUCCAGGCCAGAAAAGCAGACGAGAGCCCGCUGUUUAUCAGCCCUAAACCUGAUAACUCUGCCCUCCAUGAUCAGAAGAAGACAUCAACGUUAGACAAGGAGACGAAUGUAUCUCGAUUGAAUGGAACUGCUGCUGGUCCUUCGGCUGUUGACGCCUCUCCAUCACCCACACCCAAAUAUGUUGUGAUCUCUUUGGUCGACGGACUUGACCUGGACCCCUCGACCAAUCAGUGCACAGGAAACACGAAAGAGAUACCAGAGGAGCAGUCGUCAUCCAUUCUGAGGAUGGAGCAACAGGAGUGUCUGAAUAAGAUUGCCUUUAACACCCAUGCCGGUGUAAAGGCAGAAUACAUUAACCCUGAGCUUGUCAACAAAAAGAAGCUUGGCCAGAGCCCUCGUCACAGGUACACAGGCCGUCUCCCUCCAGUGAGCAGCGGUUCCCGGGGUUCAGACAUUACCUCUACGUCUCUGAGGGGGAUCCUCCAGGCCGCUCUGUCCAGCCUCAACAGACAGAUCAGGAGGGAGAUAUACCUCUCCCAGAAACUGGGCAUGAUCGUCAUCCCACUCUCUGGGACACGAUAGGUCGGCCCAGAAUGAAACGUCCAAUGAAAGAUAUUCUACUUAUGGACAGAUUCUGGGACAUUAAAUAAAUAGCAUCUU